CCAGCUGGCUGUGACGCUGCAGUCAGCAGCUGUGGACAGCAGUGUUAUUUCUUUAUUUUGGUUUGCUUGCUGCAGCUCGCAGCCUCAUGCCACUCCGUGUGGUUAAACCGAAGCGGGUUCAGGUCCAGGUCCAGGUCCGGGUGUAAACCCUGUCUGUGUGGUUCACUGUCGAGAUGUCGUCGGCCCAACAUGACGGAACCUUGAGUCAGCUCAAUAAGUUUGAGAAACUGUCGUGGAGGCCCUCCAUCCGCGAAUCAGGCUCCAAGAAGCGGGCACGGUGGCUUCAGGCUCGGCGCAUCUUCUCCCCUUCCUGCCCCAACCUGCGGAUCCCCAACAGGUUUCUGAGAGAAGGACACUGUGUACCCCCCGCUCGGAGCGGACACCGCUGUGUUGCAGACAGCACCAACCUGUAUGUGUUCGGAGGCUACAACCCAGACUUUGAGGAGGCAGGCGGGUCAGAGAAUGAAGACUACCCUCUUUUCAGGGAGCUUUGGCGAUUUCAUUUUGCCACAGCCACUUGGCAGCAGGUCCGCACAGAGGGUUACAUGCCCACAGAGCUGGCCUCUAUGUCAGCUGUUUUACACGGCAACAACCUGCUUGUAUUUGGUGGCACUGGGAUUCCAUUUGGUGAGAACAACGGCAAUGACGUCCAUGUUUGCAAUGUACAGUACAAACGAUGGAACCUGCUCAACUGCAGAGGGAAGAAACCCAACAAGAUCUACGGACAGGCGAUGGUCAUCAUAAAUGGCUACCUCUAUGUAUUUGGCGGGACAACAGGCUACCUUUACAGCACCGACCUGCACCGGCUGGACCUGACCACCAGAGAGUGGACCCACCUCAAACCCAACAACGUACCAUCAGACCUACCUGAGGAGAGGUACAGACACGAACUAGCUCAUGAUGGACAGAGAAUAUACAUUUUAGGAGGUGGGACGUCCUGGACGUCAUAUACCCUGGAAAAGAUUCGCGCAUAUAACUUGGAGACAAAUUACUGGGAGGAAAUGGUCACCAAACCCCAUGAAAAAAUAGGAUAUCCUGCUGCCCGCCGUUGUCACAGCUGUGUGCAGGUCAAAGAUGAGGUGUUUAUAUGUGGAGGUUAUAAUGGAGAGCUGAUCCUAUCCGACCUGUGGAAGAUCAACCUGCAGACUUUUCAGUGGACCAAGCUGCCUGCAGCCAUGCCAGAACCAGCAUACUUUCACUCUGCUGCCGUCACUCCAGCUGGCUGCAUGUACGUCCACGGCGGCGUCGUCAACAUGUCUGGGAACAAAAGGACUGGCUCUUUGUACAAAGUGUGGUUGGUGGUGCCCAGCCUGCUGGAACUGACCUGGGAGAAACUGCUGAAAACGUUCCCUCACUUAGCCCAGCUGUCCACCCUUCAGCUGCUUAGCAUGGGACUGACACACGCACUAAUUCAGCGGCUCAAAUAGACAGAGCACAGAGACUGAAGGACGUGGUAUGUGAUGGAACAGCACUGACUCUAAAAUAUAACUGAUGACUCGGCAAAAAAGUUCUUGAAAAGGACGAAGAAAGUCUGAUGUCAGAUGAUUAUUAAAAAAAACUUUGAAUGCCUUUUAACUUUAGUUUUAUGUAAAUGUAGGUGCUUAAUUUUUAAAUGCAAAGUGCAAUGUUUUGUGUUUCUCUGUAUGUGAAUGUGUCAGAUUUGAGUUUGCAUGCAUCCAUCAGAAUCACUGUUUCUUAUGCUUUGCACUCAAAGUUUUGGGUCCACUAUGUCACACAUUUCCCAAUUGUUGGUUUUUCACACAUCACUGUCACAGAAACUUGUAGAGCAGGAAUAGUUAAAUGUUCCAAAGAUCAUUUAUUGAAAGGCAAAAUGAAUGUUGCUUCUGCUAAUGUCAUUUUAGAUUUAAUUCAGAGAUCAGUUUGUUUCACUGUAGCUGAAAUUCGUCGCACACUGUUUGCAAUCUUUGCCAUGUGUUCAGUCCCCACUGUGACAUAGGUAGAUUCGAUCAGAAAUGACAAACCAUGGUGAUAUAAACUUAAAUUUCCAUUCAGUUAGUUAGAAAUCAGCCAGAUGAUCUGAAAAGACACUGCUGAUAAAGCUUGGACACGUGAAACUGGGAUACCUACAAGUCUAAUUAGGUUAAUUAUUUAAGGCAUCAUGUUUUAGCCUCAAAGGCUUUCUGAUUGCAUGCUGAUAUUGAGCUUUGAUUGUAACUGUACAGUUCAAAUUUGAAAAUGUUCCCUUCACUGGUCACAUUAGGCCUUAUGAUCAGAUGAAAACACAAAAGCCUUUUUAAAACAGCUGCGACAUGGCAUCACUGUGAAUCUUCUAGUGCCUCUUCGGUUAUUCUUCCUUUUUCUUUUAGGAAAAAUUAAGCUUAAUAAGUUAGAAAUAAUUUUAUUAACCUGCAGCUCCACAGUGA